AAAUUGAUGGGUUGAUGAUUUUUUAUGAAGUUCACAGUUUAUCUUUUCUCCCAUUUGUUAAAUUGACAGUGACUUUGUUUAGUUUUUCUAGUUAAGCCAUGUUUCGGAAUAGAAUUUGGCUUCGGAGAUUAACUAGGAAAUCAAGAACGAGGCCCUCGAAUGAUCAGAAGAAUUUUACGGUACAGCCAAUGGAGGCCAAUUCUGGUGAUGGAGGCAUUUCAAAGAAACGAAAAAACUGGCAAUCAAGUAUCGAUUCAAAUCCAGAUAUCUUUAAGAAAAGGAGAAGGGGAAAUAGCAAGGCCCGUGAUACAAAUGUGGAUCGAAUUUCCGAAUUGCCCGAACCAAUCAUCCAUCAUAUUUUCGCACGCCUCAAAUGCUUCAGAGACGUGGUCCGAACUAGCAUCCUUUCAAAGAAGUGGAAAACCACUUUCGACUCAUACCUCACCUUUGAUUUCGACGAGAGAUGGUUUCGCGUGCCAAAGGCAGUUGGAAAACACAAGAGGAUCAAGGCCCGUGAGUUGCAGAAAAAGAAGUUCAAGGGUUAUGUUAAUCGUUCUAUAGAAAUGAGGCUAAAACCACUUCCUUGCAUAGACAAGUUCAAGCUAUAUGUGAAUAAAGUGGAUAUCCGGUUGAAUGACUGCAUGCGAAGUUGGGUUCAUGCUGCUGUGGACAAAAACGUGAAAGAGCUCGAUAUUCAGGUGAAUACUAACGGAAAAUAUUUUAGUUUGCCAAGUGUUGUGCUUCAGUCCACGUCUAUAGCUUCUCUAAAGCUCUCAGGCUACUUAUCUUUAGGGUCCACUUCGUUAGGCAUGUCUAAUUUGAGAGAGCUUUCCAUAAAAGGCUCAUUGCGAAUAAACGAGGCCGUGAUCCAGCAAUUUGAGAAGUGUUGCCCUUUGAUGGAGGAUUUGAGGUUAGUUCACUGUAACGCCAUUUAUGGUAUAUCCUUUCUGUCUUUCGUGAAGCUGAGGAGGGUCGAGCUGCACGAGUGCGAAAAGGUUGCUUACAUAGAGAUUGCAUCGCCAAACCUCAAAAGCUUUUGGUUUCAUGCAGAGAAAAAUCAGGAGUGCAAAAUCAACCUUCAAAGCUUGGGGAGUUUGAAAAAUUUGACAUUGAAGGACAACAGAAUGAUGGAUAAUGUUCUUCAGGGUUUUCUCUCCAAAGCCACAUUGCUCGAGAAAUUGGUGCUUCUUAAAUGUACUAAACUCAGGAGGCUCACUAUUUUAAGUGACAGAUUAAAGAGCUUGGCCUUGCUUCAGUGUUACAAGUUGGAAGAAGUAAAUAUUGAUGCACCGAAUUUGUCUUCUUUCCAGUACAGUGGCCACAGAGUGCCUUUCUCGUCCAUCAAUACUUUAGGCCUUCGUGAAGCAAAGUUUUCUUUAGGUCCCACUUUGAGGACAAAUGAGCUUCUUACUGAGUAUCAGAGACAUUUUCGGGACUUUGAUCGGUCUAAGGGUUUUAAAUUGAUUGUAUACUCCAAGCAGGAUCUGAAGGUUUAUGAAGACCCAAACGAAGCCCUUGAAUAUCGAAACUCUUUUUGCAAUUUAGAACUCACUACUUCUCUGACAAGUGUUAUGAAAAUUGUUGAUGACUGGUUGCGGAAUUUCCAUGGUAGGCGUAUUGUGCUUGUAUCACCCAGCAGUGAAUUGAUACAGGAAAGCAAGAAGAAGGACCAGAUAGAUGAGAAAAGGGCAUUAGUUGUUGGGCCAUGGGGAGGUCACGGAGGGAUUAACUGGGAUGAUGGGCCUCACAAUGGGGUUCGAGAAAUCAAACUAAAGUACGACCGUUGUAUUGACUCGGUUUGCAUCGUUUACGACAAGAAUGGGAAGCCAUUUUCAGGGCCCAAGCAUGGAGGCAUCAAGCUGCAGUUUCCAGAGGAGUUCUUGACGACAGUGAUGGGCCACUAUUGCCCGGUGGUUCAUGGUGGCAGCCCAGUUAUCCGAUCCAUUACGUUCAAGAGCAACCGGAGAACAUUUGGGCCUUAUGGAGUAGAAGAAGGGACACCAUUCCAUUUUCCAAUGGAAGGGGGGCAAAUUGUGGGUUUCAAAGGCAAAUGUGGAUGGUACCUAGAUUCCAUUGGCUUUUACAUAGCAAGAACAAAAGCACCUAAAGUCAUGCAAAAGGUCCAGCAGAGGUUUAGAAGGCUAACUAGCUCUGUAUCUCUUGCUCCUCCUCCAAGAGAUGUUAAAUCGAGCUAAAAUCGGUGAAAAUUCCUGCCUAGAAAGUCGUGUGUCGAUCUACUUCUUAAGUAUGGAUUAAAAGGAACCAAAUUCACUACAUGAUGCCUGCAUUGAUAAUGAGUUGUUUACAUUAUCGUUUAAGUUAGUUUAUUAACUUAAUGUACUUUUGUAUUUCAUUUGUUCAGUAUGAUUGAAAUUAUGUUCGAUUAGUUGGUUGGUACUCAAGAUGCUCAGAUUUUAUUCCAGUUCAGUUGGAAAU